AACAUGGCUGUGCUUUUGAAGGAAGAAAAAUGCUGAAUUGGACUGGUAAAUCUCGGGAAAAGCAGGAAAAAGCAUGGCUAGGCUGGCAGAUUACUUCGUCGUCGUCGCAUAUGACCGGGAGAAGUCCGGUUCCGGAGAGGGAUGUGGGAAGAUCAUUCAGCGCUUCCCCAAGAAGGACUGGGAUGGAACAGCAUUUCCUCAGGGGGUGGAGAUGUUCUGCCAGCCUGGAGGUUGGAGGUUGUCUAGGGAGCGGAAGGUGCCCACCUUCUUCACUGUGGUGUUGACAGACAUUGACUCAGACAGACACUACUGCACCUGCUUGACCUUUUAUGAGGCUGAAGUCAAUCUGCUGGGACCAAAGCGCAUUGAGGCAGAUGGGGAUGAAGAUGAAGAGGAAGAUGAUGGCCUUGUCCAGCCUGCCCAAGUCUUUGCACCAAAGAGUCUCAUUCUUGUCUCAAGGCUGGAUUAUCCUGAAAUAUUCCGGGGGUGCUUGGGUUUGAUUUACACAGUGUACAUCGACAGCUUGAGUUAUCCGUUGGAGGGUUUGGUGGCCAACCUCUUCACCUUCCAGGUUCCUGUGGCUGGGGGAUCCCAGAAGUUGUUUUCUCUUGGAGCAGGGGAUCGACAGCUCAUCCAGACUCCUCUGAACAACAAUCUGCCCAUAACAGGCAAGAGUGUGGCCCUGCUCUUCCAGCAGCUAGGAAUCCAGAAUGUUCUUAGCCUGUUUUGUGCCGUUCUGACAGAGCACAAGGUUUUGUUCCACUCCACCAGCUACCAGAGGCUGGGAGAGGCGUGCCGUGCAUUGGAGGCCCUGAUGUUCCCCUUGAAAUAUAGUUACCCAUACAUCCCCAUUUUGCCUUCCCGGCUGCUAGAGGUGCUGAGCUCGCCCACACCAUUCAUCAUAGGAGUACACUCCAUGUUCCAGAAUGAAAUCCAGGAUCUGUUGGAUGUUAUCAUUGCUGACCUCGAUGGAGGAACAAUAAAGAUUCCUGAGUGUAUCCACCUGUCCCUGCUCCCAGAACCACUACUGCACCAAACACAGACGGCCCUGUCUUUGGUUUUGCACCCAGAACUGGAGAUAGCAGACAACGCAUUCCCUCCGCUUCGCACUGCACCCUCCAACCUCAAGCUGUUAGAUAAGGAAGUGAGGGCUGUGUUCCUGCGGCUGUUUGCACAACUCUUCCAGGGCUACAGGUCUUGCUUGCAGCUCAUCCGCAUCCAUUCCGAACCAGUGAUUCACUUUCACAAGACUGCCUUCCUGGGCCAGCGAGGGCUGAUUGAAAAUGACUUCCUGACAAAGGUGUUGGACGGCAUGGCCUUCGCUGGGUUUGUCUCUGAGAGAGGUCCGCCUUACCGAGCCUGUGAUCUCUUCGACGAGCUGGUGGCCUUUGACGUUGAGCGCUUUAAGGAGGAAGAGGCUAACCCUACGAAGUAUCAGAGUCACAUGAGAGAACUCUCUGAGCAGCUGUACAAAAAUGAGAACCCGAACCCCCACAUGGCAUUCCAGAAAGUACCUCGGCCAUCAGAGGGAUCCCACCUGCGGGUGCACCAGGUUCCUUUUCCCCCUCUGGAUGAGGACAUGGUGCAGGGGCUGUUACAAGAGGGCAUGGCCAAGCACAUCUCCACCCCUGCCAGCACACGGCCAGAAAGAAAAUGCGUGGUUCCCCCUGGGCCACCAAUUGUGUCUAUUGUGAGUAAGAGUGGCUCAGUGUUCAACAGUGCUCGCAGACUGGAGGUGGUGAGGAGCUGCAUCUCCUUCAUCUUUGACAACAAGACCAUGGAGACGGAGAAGACCCUUCCGGCAGCACUGCGGGCACUGAAAGGCAAAACGGCUCGCCAGUGUCUGACUGAGGAGCUGAGUCUACAUGUCCAGCAGAACCGGGCCAUUCUGGAUCACCAGCAGUUUGACUACAUUGUUCGCAUGAUGAACUGUGCCCUCCAGGACUGUUCCAGCUCAGAAGAGUACACUGUGGCUGCUGCACUGCUGCCGCUCACCACUGCCUUUUACCGAAAAUUGGCUGCCGGAGUGAACCAGUUUGCUUACACCUGUGUCCAGGACCACCCCAUCUGGACCAACCAGCAGUUCUGGGAGGCCACAUUCUACAGUGAGGUCCAGAACCAAAUUCGUGCCCUCUACCUUACUGCCACAGAGGAGAAAGUUGGCAUCGCUAUGAGGCUAACCGACCACGGUCCCCUUGCCCCAGCAGCAGGCAGAGGUGCAGAGCAGACAGCCAUGGACCUGGCAGCGGAGCAGCUGCGUACGUGGCCCAAGCUGAGCAAGGAGAGGCAACAGGAACUGGUGAAAAACGAGGAGAGCACCGUGUUCAGCCAAGCCAUACACUAUGCCAGCCUCAUGGUCUACGUACUGGUCCCACUAGACACCAGCAAGAACAAGCUACUCCGUAACACCCCUGCCACUGACUGGGAGAGCGGCAGCAACAGCAUCGUCACCAACAGUAUCGCAGGUAGCAUGGCAGAAAGCUUCGAUACUGAGAGCGGCUUCGAGGACUCCGAGAGCAGCGAUGUUGCAAACUCUGUGGUCCGGUUUGUUGCUCGCUUCAUCGACAAGGUGUGCACAGAAAGUGGCGUAACCCAGGACCACAUCAAGAGCCUGCACAGCAUGAUACCAGGCAUCGUAGCCAUGCAGAUGGAGGCUCUGGAGGCGGUGCACAGGGAGAGCAGGAGGUGGCCUCCCAUUCAGAAGCCGAAGAUUCUGCGUCCAGCGUUGUUGCCUGGUGAGGAGUUGGUUUCAGAGGGGCUGCGGGUGGUCCUAGACCCUGAUGGCAGAGAAGAGGCCACUGGGGGCCUGCUGGGGGGACCACACAUUCUACCAGCAGAGGGAGCCCUGUUCCUUACCACCUACCGCAUCAUCUUCAAAGGCACCCCCCACGACCCACUAGUUGGGGAGCAGGCAGUGAUAAGGGCGUUCCCAGUGGCCACCCUAACCAAGGAGAAGAAGAUCAGCAUCCAGAACCAGCUUCAGCAGAGCCUGCAGGAAGGCCUUCAGCUGCGCUCUGCAUCCUUCCAGCUAUUAAAGGUGGCUUUUGAUGAGGAGGUGAGCUCAGAAAUGGUGGAGACCUUCAGGAAGCACCUCCAGAGAAUCCGCUAUCCGCAGUCCAUCUUCAGCACCUUUGCAUUUGCUGUGGGACAGACUGCCCCUCAGCUCAUCCUGCCCAAGCAAAAGGAGAGGAAUACAGGCUUCAGGACCCUGUCCAAGACCAUAGUGAAGGGAGCCAAGAAGGCAGGGAAGAUCACCAUGGGCCGCAGCAGCCAGGCCACAUUAAAGAAGAGCGAGAGAGGUAGCAGGUCCACCUGGCACGAGGAAGACGACAUCUCAAUAUCGGACGAUGGUGAGCUGCCCCCCAGUAGUACUAUUCGGGCGUCAUCAGAGAGGUCGACCAUGGAGCAGCUGGUGGAGCGGGCCUGUUUUCGUGAUUACCAGCGUCUGGGCCUGGGCACCAUCACUGCCAGCACGUCCCGCUCCAAGACAGGCGAGCAGUUCAGAAUCACCGCCGUGAACAGACUGUAUUCUCUCUGUCGCAGUUACCCCGGGCUGCUCGUUGUCCCCCAGGCUGUGCAUGACAGCAGCUUACACAAGGUUGCCCGCUGCUACCGACACAACCGCCUUCCUGUGGUGUCAUGGAAACAUCCUCGCACCAAAGCUGUGCUGCUUCGUUCUGGGGGUUUCCACGGCAAGAGUGUGGUCGGACUGUUUAAGUCGCAGAACCCCUCCUCCAGCGCCCCUGCUUCAUCCUCAGAGUCAUCCAGUAGUCUGGAACAGGAGAAAUAUCUACAGGCCAUUCUCGACUCCAUCCCCGUCUACUUUAAAAUGAACGGCAACAACACCCUAAGCAACCGCUCCCUCGUGGGCUUUUCACCAGGCAGUGAAAGAAGGACAUCCAGGAUACCAAAGAUGGCCCCUGUCUAUUUAGACAUUCCCUUCUCAAACAGCUUUACCAGAGGAGUGCUUGGGUACAAGGAUAAACUGUUUACUCACUCACACCAAAAACCUGCCAAUAAAGGGAGAAUCCACAACCAAGGUGUGUGGGCCAGUCUGCGCUCCAGCAGCAGGCUCAGCCAUCACUCGUCUACAGCUGACAUGGCCGCCAGGUUAGCAGGCAAAGAUAUGGCGCCCCCUGCAGGUAGAAGCAGUCUGCAGGCUCAGCUCCCCAAACAGCAGGCUGCCUUAUACAUCUUUGGAGAGAAGUCCCAUCUCAGGGGUUUAAAAUUGGACCCAUCUUUCAUCUGUGAGCUGGUGCCGGUGGACUUUGCAGACACAAGAUUGGUGAAAGCUGCCUUUAAGAAGCUGCUGAGGGCCUGUGUUCCCAGCACCACCCCCUCAGACACAGAAGACUCCUUCCUCAAAGCCCUGGAGGACUCUGAAUGGAUCCUUCAGCUUCACAAGAUCCUGCAGCUGGCGCUGAUUCUGAUGGAGCUCCUGGACAGUGGCUCGUCUGUGCUGCUCAGCUUGGAGGACGGCUGGGACAUUACCACACAAGUUGUGUCACUGGUCCAGUUGCUGAGCGAUCCAUUCUACAGGACUCUGGAGGGUUUCCAGGUGCUGCUGGAGAAAGAAUGGUUGUCUUUUGGCCACAAGUUCAGCCAGCGCAGUAAUCUGAGCCCCAGCAGCCAGGGCAGUGGCUUCACCCCCAUCUUCCUGCAGUUCCUGGACUGCGUGCACCAGAUCUUGGAGCAGCAUCCUCUGGAGUUUGAGUUUAAUCAGCAUUAUUUGAAGUUCCUGGCUUAUCAUCAUAUCUCCAAUCGCUUCAAGAACUUCCUGCUGGACUCAGACUAUGAGCGCUUGGAACACGGCGUAUUGUUUGAGGACAAGGGAGAUAAGCAGGCCCGGAGAGGCAUCUGUAUCUGGGAGUGCAUCAACAGAAUGCACCGCAGGAGCCCCAUCUUCUUCAACUACCUGUACAGCCCUGCUGAGACAGAAGGGAUACUGAAGCCAUCUAUCAGCAUCCCUAACCUGACCAAGUGGGACUUCUUCACCGAAGAGGCUCUGUCCACUGGGCCAUCUUUCGACUGGAGAAUGACAGCUGCGAGGUCGGAGAGCAUGGAGGAGACCGACACUAUUUCCCCCAGUAAGAGGAGGAUUGUGUGGCCCUGCUACAGCAGUGUGAACCGCGCCCAGCUCGAUGCCAUUACCAAGCUACUGGCUGACAUCGAGAGAUUGGAAGGUGAGCUCAACCAGACCCCAGAAAGGUGGCAGACCACACUGGAAAGAGUCCGAGUCAGCAUCUUGGAAGACCUCAAGCGAGAAGGAAAUCUUCGUAAGCAGUCGUUGACCAACUCGGGCCUGAUCCCUACAUCCAGCCUUCAGGCAUUCCAAAGGCGCUCCAUGUUGCACCUCCCAGACAGUGGGCUGAUUGAGAACAGAAGCCCGACCAUCACCAAUGGGGUGAACCGGCGUGCUGCCACCCUCUACCACCAGUUCACCUCGAAGAACGAGGAGAACAGGUCUUAUGAGGGGAUCCUGUAUAAGCGUGGAGCACUGCUGAAAGGCUGGAAACCUCGCUGGUUUGUUCUGGACAAGACUAAACACCAGCUGAGGUACUAUGAUACCGGGGAGGACACCAACUGCAGAGGCUACAUAGACCUGGCAGAGGUGGAGUCGGUGGUGAUUGCCACCCCGACCAUCAGCUCUCCAAAACACAUCAGUGAGAAGGCCUUCUUCGAUCUGAAGACCACCAAGCGAGUCUACAACUUCUGCGCAUCAGACGCACCCAGCGCCCAGCUGUGGAUGGACAAGAUCCAGAGCUGCAUCUCGGACGCGUGACCAUGGACCGCUGAAUCAUGAGCUCAGGGCGUGACCACAUCCCAGUAUGGACCAGUGUGGACCAGUAGAGCUGCUGCAUUAUGGGUGUUGAGAGCAGAGACGUCCCUCCAACUCAACACGACCACACAAUAAAGAUUAUGAUGAGGACCACAGAGAACUUAAGUGCCUGGUAGUGGAGGGUGGGUUCAGAUGUGUCAAUCCAGGUAUUCUGUCCACCCUCCGCCCUUUCAGUCUUCUCUCAGGCUGUGUGUAUGCCGUGUCGAUCUGCUUUAUAGUAACAUGGACGGCCUGCCUGGUCUCUUAGCAGGGACGACACUCAGACGACUGGGAUAAGCUGGUGUUUGUGGGGAUUGCACUAUCGAGGCAAGGUUGUCCUACUUAAGUUGUAAAUAGAUGCAAGCAAUAUCACUGGCCAUUCCAAACUGUGGGUUCAAGUCUAGCGUUAGGAAGUACAGAGUACACAAAGUAUACAGAGUAUAGCCAACAAGAGAAUUUAUACCAGAUAUUUUACUAUUAGGAAAAGUUACUGCUGCUUAAAGGAAAUUAUGAACUGCCAGAAACUCAGAUGUUAAUGCACAAGCUAACAAGGCCCUGUGUUUGCACUUAACACUGUCAUAUCAUAUCAUACCACAUACACCCUCACCAGACAGCCCCUGUACCACCACACACAGCAGGACUCACCAGACUGUGUAGACCCUGUACCACCACACACAGCAGGACUCACCAGACCCUGUACCACUGCACACAGCAGGACUCACCAGACCCUGUAACACUGCACACAGCAGGACAGCAGGACUCACCAGACCCUGUAACACUGCACACAGCAGGACAGCAGGACUCACCAGACCCUGUAACACUGCACACAGCAGGACUCACCAGACCCUGUAACACUGCACACAGCAGGACUUCACAUGUGCAGACGACUCGUCCACUGUCGCACUACAGUACAUGAGAAGAAUUUGCACAGUCACAUACAAAAAGGUAUCUAACACUCUUUUCUAUUUAAAUGAGGUUUUUCUCUGUUUUGUUUUAACAUUUUGAAUGUUUUAACGCGGUGAUGGUGAUAAUGUGUUUGUCGCUUGUAUGUAAAUUAUUUUUUCAUUAAACUCUUUCAUUUG